UGGUUGUACCAAGCGAAGCAGCCGCGUGAAUCUUCUGGAAAUUGUGGUAGCGACAGUGUCGCUCAUUAUUUAACAGAUAUCGUUAACCCGUAGCUAUUGUUGUCGUCUUUGUAUUUUUGCGCUCACGUUCGCUCAACGCCAUAACUCACCCUAAACUAGACACUUAGCUCUCUUGUUAGCUCGUGAGUGAAUAAGCGAUUAGCGACCGAACCGGGUAAUUCACCCUGCUCUGCUGCGUCACUUCAGCGUACUUGAGGUCCAUCACGUAGUAGAAGUUGGCGGCUAACGGUGUGUAGCUACGGUCCGGGAACAGCCAAAAACAUGAACCACAAAAGUAAGAAACGGAUUAAAGAGGCAAAACGGAGUGCCAGACCCGAACUGAAGGAUUCCUCAGACUGGACGAAACAUGGUUAUUUUGAGCAUUUCGAUUUGUCACAUCGGACAGUGAAGGACAAUGUGGAGCGUGUGGACUCCCUUCAUCUCACAGUGGAGGAGUUCAUACAACGGUUCGAGAAGCCCUACAAGCCCGUGGUACUGCUCAGCUGCCAGAUCCAUUGGCCUGCUCAUGAGAAGUGGACCUUGGAGAGGCUGAAGCGCAAGUACCGCAACCAGAAGUUCAAGUGUGGCGAAGACAACGACGGCUACUCCGUGAAGAUGAAGAUGAAGUACUACGUUGAGUACAUGGAGUCGACGCGAGAUGAUAGUCCCCUCUAUAUCUUUGACAGCAGCUUUGGUGAGCAUGCAAAACGUAGAAAGUUGCUCGAGGAUUAUGAGAUUCCAGUCUUCUUCCGGGAUGACCUGUUUCAGUUUGCUGGGGAAAAGCGACGGCCGCCUUAUAGAUGGUUUGUGAUGGGACCUGCUCGCUCUGGAACUGGCAUCCAUAUAGACCCUUUGGGUACCAGCGCGUGGAAUUCCCUGGUGCAAGGCCACAAACGUUGGUGCUUGUUCCCCACACAUACGCCACGUGAGCUCAUAAAAGUCACCCGGGAAGAGGGGGGCAAUCAACAGGAUGAGGCCAUCACUUGGUUUAGUGUAAUCUACCCCCGUACCCAGCAGCCCACCUGGCCUGCUGAGUUCAAGCCACUGGAGAUCUUGCAAAAGCCCGGGGAAACCGUCUUUGUCCCAGGUGGCUGGUGGCACGUUGUUCUCAACCUUGAUACAACCAUUGCUGUAACUCAGAAUUUUGCCAGCACCACCAACUUCCCCAUUGUAUGGCAUAAAACAGUGCGUGGCCGACCAAAGCUCUCAAGGAAGUGGUACCGGAUUCUGAAGCAGGAGCGGCCUGAGCUUGCAGCCCUUGCGGAUUCUGUAGACCUUCAGGAGUCAACAGGCAUUGCCUCCGACAGCUCUAGUGACUCCUCUUCCUCCUCUUCGUCAAGUUCCUCAGACUCUGAUUCAGAGGUUCAAGGCACAAAGAGCGUCAUACCAAAUGUACCUAAGCGUGAGUCGGGCUCAGAGGGCGAAGCCAUGUCACAUCGCAGGAAAAAGAGAAGAACGUGUGGCAUGAUGGGAAAUGGCGACACUACCACCCAGGACGACUGCGUGAGCAAAGAGCGCAGCUCGUCACGGUGACACUAGAAGAGGGGUCCUCCUCGCACACAGAGCUUCGAUUUACAAAAGAGAUCCUGCUCCUCAGGGCUGUUGUCCUUUUAAUUAGCUGAUGCUAAAUGCAUAUUUUGGGCCUCUGCCUCACUUGUGCUUUUAUAUGUAGUGAUGAGAAAUUACUGUCCCCUAGCCUUUAUGUACUGUUGUGCCCUUAACAAAAGCCUUGCUUGUCAGAGUGGAAGCAUACUGUCAGGAGUUAUUAGUGGCUUUUAAAAAGCUGUUCUAGUUUGGUGCAUCUUUCUCUGAGAGUAGACUAAUUGGAUAAAGAAGAAAAAGGUCUUCUGUUGCCUUAUUGAUACUAAGAAAAGGAUAAUGGGUUAAAUAAAGAAUAUAAAGAUUUUUUAUAAAUAAAGAAAAUGGGUUAAAGUUAACUUGUGUGAUGAA